GCACCUUCAACAAGCGAAGAGCGAACCCGCGAAAACACCAUUCCUGUACGUGGAAACCGUAUCGAUCGAGCUUCCAGCUCUUCUUUAGUAUCUUGAUUCUAUAACGUACACUCUUGUAUAUGACUCAAUCUGCACAGAUCACAGAAGAGAAACUAGUCUCCUAGUUAACUACAAUUAUCGAGUUACGAUGUCUAUACCUUGACUGAAAUAUUUAACCCGCAUCAUUUUGACAGAAUAAGAAGUUAUUCGCAAAUUAUGAAUGUUGGUGAGUUAGAAAGAGGCUUAGUUUUAAACUACACCAAACUCCUGUCAAUACUGAAAAACCAGGAAGGUUGUGGAGAAAACGAUUUCCCUUCGUCGAAAAGAAUUGUAUGAGAAAUACAGAGACAUAACCAUGGUUAUUGGAGAUGAAACUGUGCACACUAGACCUAGACUUCAGUCUUUAAGGACAAUAACAAAAUCUAGGUCACCCCCUGCUGUUGUUAUUACAGACGAUUCUGAUACGUUUUCUGGAAUUAAUCCUGCAACUUCCGACUCACUAGCAGAAGAAACACAAAACACUCCCGCUUCAACAGCCUCUAGCCCUACUAUAGAGCAUUCCAGUAGAAUCUCAAAAAUUAAUGGAAUCUUUCAGUCUGGAUCCUUUAGUCGUGCUUCCAUUGGAUCCAUUAUGUCCUGGUCUCAGGAGGGGAUUCCGGUAAUUCCCAAUCCACCUUCUUUUGAAAGCCAGAUUGACAUUCACCACCUGUCAAACAACAUUCAAGCAGACGUAGAGGAUGACAGCCAAUCACCAACUGGUACAAAGGGAAGCAACUGUUGUUCGGAAAAGUUGCGGCGCUCAACUUUUGGGAUCCUUUUGACGCUGCUACUUGCUAGCUCGUGGAUUGGAGUAGCACAUAUGGUCAAGCUAACCUAUAUCACUAGUAUUCAGUCUACAUCGAAUGUGGUUCAGAAUUCCACCAACGAGCCCACAGAAGAUAGUACACUAAAUUUUGACGCUCGUCUACAGUUGACUAAAUUUAAUGCACCUUUCUUCACAACUUGGUUUUGCACCUUGUGGAAUAUUUUCUUUUUCCCAAUCUAUCUGGGUUCCAGGAUACUGAGACAAUCUGGAAAGGAUAGAACAAAAAGAGUUAUAUUCGAGUGUAUCAAUGAGCUCCAUGAAAAGGGCUUCACGGCAGCACAAUUCUUUGGACGUUGUUCACUGUUUUGUCUCCUUUGGGUCGUGACCAAUUACAUGUUAAUAUACUCUCUCGGUAUCCUGGAUACCACUGACGUCAUGGCUCUGUACUCUUCCAAUGUUUCUUUCAUCUAUCUUCUCUCCUGGGUGGUCCUUCACCAACAGUUUGUAGGGAUUAGGAUUGUUGCAGUUAUCCUAUGCAAUACAGGGAUCGCCCUUUUGGCAUACAUGGACGGAGUUACCGAGACCCCGACACUAGGGGGAGUUGUUCUGGCAUCUGCUGCUGCAGCAGGUUCUGCUAUUUAUAAGGUGUUCUUCAAGAAGUUAAUUGGGGACGUAACUUCUGGACAACUUUCCAUAUUCUUCACACUGAUUGGCCUUUUAAAUUUAUUGGUUAUGUGGCCUUUUUUUAUCUCUCUUCACCUGACACAUAUCGAAACAAUUCAUUGGAAUCAGUUACCAUGGGCACCACUAGGUGGAGCCGCAAUCCUGUCUUUGGUGGCAAAUUUGAUAGGAAAUUUUGGAAUUGUUCUGACGUAUGAAGUGUUUUUGACACUAGGCCUUGUUCUUGCAAUACCAGCAUCGGCAGUUAUCGACAUCUAUAUAUAUGGCGUCGUCUUUAAAGGAAUGAAGUUGGCGGGAAUAUUACUAAUUGUUACUGGCUUCUUGUUAGUUCUCCUGCCUAACAAUUGGCCAGACUACGUCAAUAUUCUUUUGAGGAUGCGCAGAAGCUAUCAGAAAAGAAGAAAGAAAAGGCUAAAAGAAGCUGAAUCGUCUAAUGGACAAAAAUCUAGACUUCGAACUGCAAGCGGUAUGGUGAAAUAAAACAAUUAAUCAUUCUUACUCAAGGAAUAAAUAGCUAAAGUACAUUAUUACAAAACCCUUAGGCGCUUUUAUUCAAUCCUGACAAUGAAGGAAUCAAGGAAUUUUUGACUUUCAUUCUAUACAGUUACCGGAGAAUUAUGUGGAAUGUGGUAUUAUUUUGAAGACUUAUACUUUAAUCUUGACCUCAAAAUAUUUUAAUGUUGAAAUUAUUACGCUUUACAAAAACGAUAUUUGUCUUUUUUUUUGUGGGAAAUGGUAUAU